AUGGCCGAAGAACGCACCGCUUCCUUCAAGGUCUACUUCGAUGUGCCCCGAUUUAGGAUCGCCUACAAAAACAAGACGGAUCUCUUCGAGGCCUUUCAGAAGAAGCUGAAGGAGCUCAAUCUUGACAUCGACAACAUCACAUGGGCAGAUUGGGACGGUGACCGCUCCCUGGUAAACACUCCUGAUGAUCUUUUCGGAGCAGCCGAAGAUUACAGCGCAGGUGCUUAUUCCUUGGUAAAAUUAUUCUAUCGCAUUAAUUAUGACCAGGAAUCAGCAAACUGCUCCAGCAGUGAAGAGGAAGAGGAGGGACAGAAAGAGAACGAAAAGAAUGAGGAAUUGUUAGUCGAGCAGUGCAGAUCUCCCUCUCGUUCUUGCUAUUGUCGGCGUUGA